UUUUGGUGAACAAUUUAAUUUUACACCUUGGUAUGGAUUCUGAUAUUUUCUUUUGGACAUCCUGUAUGUGCUACGUAAUCGACAGACCCGGUUUCAACUUCAGGAUUAUGAUUCGUAAUUGCUACGGUGUCAGUUUUUCGAAGGCAAUUUUUUAACUUAUUUUACAAAACGGUAUGUGCGUGACAUACGCGAUCGUACCGCACAUUUCCAAAGCGUCCAGCUCGUAACAUUCGUUUUCAGUGACAAGGAACCAUGUCGAAACUGAAAAACAUUCCGAAUAACUUAACCAAAUGGGAUCUGUCAGAGGAUUCUCUGGCACCGUUGACCGAUUAUCAAAAAGAAUGUUUACUAAGUUUGGAAGAGGAAUUGUUUCCUGACAGUAAGCUCAAGACUGACGGAACGGACGAUACACACAGAAACGAAGAAACGGGUGGAUCGGUACGAGUAGAACGAUGUCAAGAUCUGUUGGAACAUUACGCCAAGUUAGAGAAAAAGUGCGUGGACAGGAAGGAUGUGAAAUACAUGUUGUACCUUAAUGAGCUUCAAGCGCGACGAAGAGAAUGCCACACGCUUUGUCUUCAGAUAGAAGAAGCAUUGGAAGACUUCGGCAUGUUGUACAAACAGUAUUCGGAGGUUUCCGACAAAACAACAUCCCUUUACGAUGCCAGUGAACAGCUUGAUUCCGAUCAAAGAAAAUUAAAUUCUACCAUAGAGAACAUUACGGAGUACGUGAAAUAUUUUAAAGAUAUUGACAUGAUGAUGGAAAAACUGGAGGCUCCAACGUUAUCCGUGAACAGCGAAAUGUUCUUUAAUAUAUUAGACAAGAUUGACACGAAUAUAGAUUUCAUUCAGAAUAAUCCUUCGUUUAAAGAAAGCAAUACUUAUUUAAUCAAAUAUAAACACUGUCAAUCCAAGGCAAUAUCGAUGAUACAAAAUUACAUCUUCAAUUUAUUUAGCAAGACCACAGAAAGCAUUUUAAACUUGAGGGAUAACGAUGAUUCCCAAGAUAAUGCCGAUGCAGCCUUGGCACUUUUCUAUGGUAGAUUUCAAACUAUUUUAUCGAAAGCUAGGCCAGUCAUAGAACAAAUAGAAGCAAAAUCUUAUAAGAGGCAAGAGUACGAUAGUUUACUGUCUGAAUGUCAUCAAUAUUAUUGGAGUCAAAGGGGAUUGGUGUUAGGCAGCAGUGUACAAAAGUCUCUGAUGUCUGUAAAGGAGAAAUACAAUGGAGAUCAUUGCAGUUUAGUAAGGAAUUCGUGUGCAUUGUUGUUACACGCAUCCAUGGAUGAAUAUAAAUUAUUUUAUGAGUUCUUCUCGAAACCAUCCAGUGGAUUAACAGCUUAUCUCGAAAUGUUGUGCACAUCCUUAUACGAUACGCUGAGGCCGUUCAUAAUUCACAUCAAUCAUUUAGAAACACUGGCUGAAAUUUGCUGCAUCUUAAGAAUCGAAAUGUUGGACGAGCACGUACAAAACAAUUUCGAACCCUUGGAAGGUUUCGGAAACAUUUGUCUACAGUUAUUGCACGAUGUUCAAGAGAGACUCGUAUUUCGUGCACAUCUUUAUUUGCAAUCGGACGUUUUGAACUAUAAUCCAUCACCAGGUGAUCUGGCGUACCCAGAAAAAUUGAAAAUGAUGGAAGACAUCGCGGAGUCUUUGAGGGAGGAAAAUCGACAAACGAAGUUGAAAAAGAUAUCUAUUUCGUCGAACGAGGAUAACGUUCUGGAGCCAAUAUCUAGGAAUCAUAUAGAAAUGGAUUCUAUUUAUCAAAAGACACACAUGGGAAAUUCACCGGCAGAUCUACACGGCAUGUGGUACCCAACCGUACGUAGGACAUUAGUAUGUUUAUCAAGAUUGUACAGGUGUGUGGACAGAUCUGUCUUCCAGUCGUUAAGCCAGGAGGCGAUAUCUCUUUGCGUUCAAAGUACAGAAAACGCGAAGCAAGAGAUCGAGAAGAGGGCAUCGAUCUUGGACGCAGAACUCUUCCAGAUAAAACAUUUGCUUAUACUGAGAGAGCAGAUCGCACCGUUUCAAGUGGACUUUACUAUAAAAGAAUACAGUUUGGACUUUUCUAAAGUUAAGACAGCGGCGUUUGGUUUAUUGGAGAAGAGUUCGAGGUUCUUCACGUUGUCGAAUAACGCGCUGUUAGAAUUUUUGUUAGAAGGUGCGCCGCAAAUGAAAGAGCAGCUGAUCGAUUCGCGAAAGUACGUCGAUCAUAAAUUGAAACACGCUUGCCAACGUCUUAUACAUCACGCGACAUUUUCAUUGAUUCAUCCGAUCAUGGUAUUGUUGGACAAGGAAAAGUUGUUGGCUGGGAAUCCGCAGGCACCACAACAGCAUGCUCUCGGGAGUCCCCAAGAUGUUGCAGCAGCGAUUAGCGAGGUAUUAAGAAUGAUCAAGUUCAAAUGUCCUGAAAUCCAGCACUUGAUGCAAUUGUAUUUGUCCAACAAGGAGACAGAGUUUAUUUUGUUCAGACCGGUGAAAAAUAAUGUCUGCGCCGCAUUUACACAAUUGUAUCAGAUACUUAGUAAAUAUUAUAAUUCGGAGGAACUUCAAUUAAUCGCGUGCCCAUUACCGGAACAAGUUUCGGUAAUGCUAAGCUCAUCGACUCUUGUUCAUGGAAAAACUGCACAGACUACUACUAAGAAAACGUAGCCAAAAUGAAUUAGCAAACGUUUGUAAUUAGAUAUUGUACAUUACCGCUGCUCGCGAACUGUAAUCAAAUUAUUAAUUUUUUUAAACGAAUUUUAUGGUUUCAAGUAGAUAUUAAUAUAUAACAAAUUCUAUAUUUUUAAGUAGAUCACGCAAAAUGUACAUAUAUAUAUAUAUAAAUAUAAAUGAUUAAAAUUCCACGUGAUAUAAUUCAGACAUUCAAGAGAAAUUACAAAAGCUACUGCAAUUUAUAUCGUCCUAUAUUUAAACAGAAAAUAUCGCACGAUAUUUUAAUUCUUUUGUAAUGUACUUUAAAAAUGCAUAAUUUUUAUAUUACGGAAAUGUAUAUAUUUAAUAUAUUAAGUUGAUAUCACAGAAUUUGUACGUCCCACUAGUCGGGAUUUAUGUGUGAUGUUAAAUAAAUUUUUACAGGAACUCUGUAAUAACUUUCAAACGAAAGGGAGCUGUAUAUUUUUGUAGAGAACGGAACUUCAUUACUUUAAUUACUUUUCAAUAUACGUCAGUAAUAAUCAUGUA